UACGAACUAAGUGAAGAAUUUCUUUAACUUUUCAAAUUUUAAAACAUCCGGUAACCGUUUUAACGUCUCUUUCGUAUUUCAAAAUAAAUGUGCAUCGAAAGAUUUUUACUUACCAUGCAAGAGCAUUAAACUUACAGUGAGCUUAUGAAGGCAGGUGCGUGAAUCAGUGAAGCGUUAAGCUAUGAAACAGUUGGAAAGUAGUUUGCGAGAUUUCGUGCAAGAAAUUUCAUCCUUGAAAAUAAUGAAAAUUGACAUACGCCCGUCCGUUCGAUUCCAGCAAAAGUAGUCAACGAAGUGACCUUCAACCUAGAUGGGGAAUAUCGCCUGAUUGCGACGCAUUUCUUUUUGAUAAAAAACGUGGUUCGUGCGAGGAAUGAAACACGAAAGGCAGUAAUUAUUUUCAUUCGGGUUUGCAGUGUAAGUCGGCUACAGAACGUAACAACAAUUUAAUAUAUUACUUUAUUAAAACUCCUCCAGACUUAAUAUCUGAUUUUUUUUUCUAAAAUAGACUUGACGGCCUAUCUAGCUAGGGCUUAAUUAUUUGUCUUUUAGUGUAAGAAUGUAUUUCAUUAGUCUAAAAUAAUAAUAAUAAAAUAUAUGUAUGCAUUUGGGUAUAUUACAAAAUGUAUGACAUAAGUAACAUAUUUCGAGGCCCUGGUAGAGAAUGAAUGCAAAAGAACAAAUAAAUGAAUAAAAAGAAAAUUAUGGAAAAAAUUAUUAAAAACUAAUGACAAUAAAAUGAAAGCAAAUAUAAUCUAAAUAUGUGCACACAGGCGCAUUGCAUUAUUCAAUUAAAAUUAAACGCACGCAAAAUAAGCAAAUAUGUUAGAACAAAAUGAUAAUGUUUUAAAUGCAACUAAGCAAGCGACUAGAAUUGAUCUUUCAACUGCGCAGGGCAGGGCGAUGCGAAAUGAAAAAAUAAAAGAUUUAUAGGCUUUGAUUUUGAUAUGAUAUCUUUAAUCAAACAUCAUCUGACGGUAAUGUGGUCGUUAUUGAUAUUUUCCGUAGUAAUGCUAAUGCAUAAUACGUUUAUCGCGCCCUUGCCGCUGCUGAAGCCGUCCUCAUCAUAUGCUUCAGCGGCAGCUUUAGAAAUAAUCUCAACAAGACCAACUACUCUCUUUAUUACAUCGUCGUUGUCUGCCUCAACGACGCCGUCAACCAUAUCGCUAACGAAAUUUUUUAUUAAUGCGAAUCUUAGCAAAUAUUUGCAACAAUUAAAUCAUCACCAAUAUCAACAGCAGCAAUAUCCGGCGGAGUACUUUUCACCAUCGAAUAAUUUGUUUAGAAAGGCAUCUUUCACCUCAAGCACCGUCACAUUGCCACAGCAAGAACGGCAAAACCAAUACACAAUUGAGGACACCUCCCCAAGAAGUGCUCAAUCGUUGACACAUAACCACUUGCUGUUCCUUAACAUGAUGAAUAAUAAAAAAGAUGAGAACAACAAAGAAAACGACCAUAUCGUAGACGUGAAUUUUAAUCGUUUAAACGGUCAGCAACAGAGGAAGCAACCGCAUUAUCAACGUCGGCAUAAACAAAUAUUAACAACCGGAUUAAAAGGGGAGCAUGACGGACUUAAUAAGGAUUUCUUAAAGCUACCAUCACGACCGCCAUAUUUUGACUUUGGCAUGCCUCGCAACAUAACGGCACGUUCGGGUCAAACGGCAGCCAUUACUUGUCGCGUAGAAAAUUUAGGUGAUAAGUCGGUCUCCUGGAUACGUAAACGAGAUUUGCAUAUUUUAACGGCGGGCAUUUUAACCUAUACCUCAGACGAACGUUUCAAGGUUGUCAGAACGGGUGGUUCGAAAAACUGGUCAUUACACAUAAGAUAUGCCCAACCACGAGACAGCGGCAUUUAUGAAUGUCAAGUGAAUACUGAGCCAAAGAUAUCAAUGGCAUUUCGAUUGAAUGUUGUCGUAACACCGCCGGAUGCAAAAGCCUUCAUUUCCGGUCCGAUGGAUUUGUACGUUAAGGUUGGCAGUGCCAUAACAUUGACUUGUCAUGUUAAGCAGCCCUCUUCAAUGCAUGACAUUGGACCAAUACACUGGUAUCGUGGACCUUAUAUACUAACACCGUUUGCAGUGCAUCCCAAUGAUGCAGCCAUCGAUAUGCAACGCAUUUCAAUGGAAUCAAAGUUGGGCGAUAAAUUGCAAAGCAGGCUCCGCAUAUCGAACGUUCAGUUGGCCGAUACAGGGAAUUACACUUGCAUGCCUACUACAGCUGAGCUAGCCAGUGUUACAGUCAACGUGAUUAACGACGAAAAUCCGGCGGCUAUGCAAAAGAGUACAGCGGCAUCCUAUCUUACUUUAUCACAACAACGACUACAACAGCGGUCAGCCAAAAUAGUUAUAAUCACAUUAACGUUUACGUGUAUUCAUUGCAAUUUAUGGUGGUGGCCUACGAAUUUUUAUCGAAAAUUUUUAUUAUCAUGAUGAUGAUGAUGUUUAUUACUACAGAAGAUUAACGCAUGCCAGAAUCCAGUUAUAUUUUAAUAAAUUAAAUUUAUUAAAAUCUAUAUAGAAAUUGCAAAACACAUGCACACUCAGGUCAGGCAAAGCGAAUUGCAUGAACGCCCUAAACUUUCCACAAAAUUCUCAUUUGAAAUAUUCAUAAAAAUGUUUUAGUGUUGUUUGUGAGGCUGAGUGUGUGUGUGUUUAUGUAUAUGU